AUGGCGGCGGCUGGGUCUAGGGUUUCUGGGUUGCUGAUUCGGUCCCGGCCCCAGCUGGGGCGGCUGAUGGCAAGCAGCGCUCACGGCGAAGAGGGCUCAGCUCGCAUGUGGAAGGCCCUCACCUUCUUCGUCGCCCUCCCCGGGGUGGGAGUGAGCAUGCUGAACGCCUACCUGAAGUCGCACCACGGAGAGCCCGAGAGAUCCGAGUUCGUCGCCUACCCGCAUCUCCGCAUCAGGUCCAAGCCUUUUCCUUGGGGAGAUGGUAACCACACUCUGUUUCAUAAUUCUCAUAUGAAUCCACUUCCAACUGGUUAUGAAGAUGACUAA